CGCACUCCCUCUCUGGCGCGUCCACCGGAGAGUUUUUCCGUGCGGGUCUCUGCCCUCCGUCCUCCUUCUCUUCCUCUCUUCUCUCUCCGCAGGAUCUCUCUGCAGUCCGAGCUUCAUCUGACAGCUGCAGCUCAGCGAUCUGCUUGUUCUUCUCUUGAAAGGAAAAAAACCCUCCAAGACUGUCGAAAUGGCCAGCAGAGGAACUGUCAAAGCCGGCACAAACUUCAACGCCGGUGCAGAUGCAGAGGUGCUGCACAAGGCCAUGAAAGGGCUGGGAACCGAUGAGGAUGCCAUCCUGCAGCUGCUGACGGCUCGCAGCAACGCUCAGAGGCAGGGGAUCAAGGACACCUAUAAAACUCUGUUUGGAAAGGAUCUGAUCGACGACCUGAAGGGAGAGCUGGGAGGAAAGUUUGAGUCACUCAUCGUGGCUCUGAUGACUCCACCCAUCGCUUAUGAUGUGACAUGCCUCCGCAAUGCCAUCAAGGGGGCAGGAACCGAUGAGAAGGUGCUGGUGGAGAUUCUGGCCUCCAGGACGCCUCAGCAAGUGAAGGACAUCAUCGCUGCCUACAGACAGGAGUAUGAUGACGACCUGGAGGAGGACGUAUGUGGUGACACCUCAGGCCACUUCAAGAGGCUCCUGGUUAUUCUGCUUCAAGCCAACAGACAGACAGGAAUCCAGGAGGGAAACAUUGAGAGUGAUGCUCAGGCCCUCUUCAAGGCCGGAGAGCAGAAAUACGGCACUGAUGAACAAUCCUUCGUCACCAUCCUGGGCAACCGGAGCGCUGAACAUCUUAGAAAAGUGUUUGAUGCCUACAUGAAGAUGACCGGAUAUGAGAUGGAGGAGAGCAUCCAGAGGGAAACAUCUGGAAACCUGAGCGCCCUGCUUCUCGCUGUCGUGAAGUGUGCCAGGAGUGUUCCAGCCUAUUUUGCUGAGACCCUGUACUACGCCAUGAAGGGUGCCGGUACUGACGAUGACACUCUGAUCAGAGUGAUGGUGUCUCGCAGCGAGGUGGACUUGUUGGACAUCAGGUCUCACUUCAGGAGGCUGUUUGCCUGCUCUCUGCACUCCAUGAUCCGGGGAGAUACUGGUGGCGACUACCGUAAGGCUUUACUGUUGCUCUGUGGCGGCGAUGAUGCGUAACCGUGGCAACAAAUUGAGAACAGGAGCCACAUCUGAAGUGCCUCCUCUCCUUUUGGGCUGUCGGCUCACUGAAACAACAAGCUAACGCAAAGUUUUGGUUCUUUACAACAAAACCUGUGUGUGUGAGAGAGACAAUCCAUCAGGUCCUUUAAACUAUGAUUCCAAAUAAAGUCUUUGAAAGGUAGCUAACAUUUUGUCCACAUUAAUGCAACUUUGGUCGACUAAUAUCUUCACUAUGAUGACAAUCAGUCGUUUAUAAUGCUAAAGAAUCAGAAUGAGAUUCUUUGCACUUUGUAUGGCAAAUACAAUAAACUGUAUGCAAUAAUAAAUGUCUCAGUUGAUGAAGUUCAA